AUGCGUCGCGCGCGGGGAAUUCAGACAGCGUGUGAAGCGGCAGGUGUACGCCGCGUCCAUGUGCUGUGUAACAUGGAUCAUCCAUCCAUCAUGAAGGCUGCCAGCUUGACUGGUCUGGGCCGUGGUGCCGUGAAGCAAAGGGGACUUUUAGAUAUAGCUCGCGUGCAGAAGGAGCUUGAAGAGUCGGAUUGUGCUUCAAUAGUGUCUGUAUCCGUAGGCGAGCAUUUGGAAUGUUUGUUAAUGUUCUUCCCGACACCCCGGGAAGGACGGAAAACCAUUCGCUGUGCCAUUGCCAACUGGGCUGCCGAUGGUCAGGAAGAUCUGGCCAUUGUUACGGAUGUCUUGGGGUCUGUAGCUAAGCGGUGGGACAAGAAAUCCAGAUUAUAG